CAAGAUUGGGCCUUGUUAACUCUGUGGCCCAAAUAUGUGGGGGUUAGUAGGCCCAAGCCCAUCUCUCACAUCAUCUCCUCUGUUCCUUAACUUCACAGAUCCUCCCCCUCCCCCUCCCCCUCCCCCAACGGCUAUAUCCGCCUUCCUUCUUCCCGCCUUCCUUCCUCCCUCCACAUAACGAACCAGCAAACGUAUUUUAUUCUCAGUUCCCCUUCUCCGAGACGCUACCGGGAAGAGGAAGAAGCCCUCCCCCAUUGUUUUCCCCAACUUUAGCCCCUUCGAAACCUUCAAUCACCCCCCAGAAUUCAAUCCAUUUCUCGGAAACCCGACCAAGAACACAGCCACUCAUGACCAAGAUCAGCACCCUCUGCCGCUUCGCACUUCCCUGCUUCGCCCCCUCCGCUUCGGCCUCCUCCCCUACCACCUGCCACCCCGCCUCAAUCUCAACCGCCAUUGCCGUCCCCUCCUCUAAGAAUCGCAUAAGCACCACGCUCAGAGACACACUGGCUGAGAGCAUCCAAGAACCAGGCCCGAGACGUGAGGAGGACUCCGAGGUGGAGACCAACAGCAUCUCGUCCCCGCUUGCCCCAUCUGCGGCCCCACCACGGCCCUCCAAGACAAUGGUUACCGGGACGAUCUUUGGGCCCCGCCGCGGCCAUGUGUGGUUCUGUAUCCAGCACGACCGCCUCUCCACCAAGCCCUUCCUCCUCCUCGAGCUCUCCAUCCCAACCCACCAGCUCGUCAAGGAGAUGCAGUCGAGCGAACUCAUGAGAAUCGCCCUCGAGUGCUCCUCAUCUGCCUACUCUUGCACUCUCCGUUCAGUCCCGAUGUGGACCCUCUCCUGCAAUGGGAAGAAGCUCGGGUUUGCUGUUAGGAGGAAGUCGAACGAUCAGAGCCGUUCAAUCCUGAAGGCUAUGCAAUCCAUGACAGUCGGAGCUGGGGUGAUACCACCCAGCGUAGGAGCACAAUCAUCAGAGGAGCUCAUGUACAUGAGGGCCAACUAUGAGCACGUUGUGGGGAGCGCCGACUCUGAGUCCUUCCACCUCAUUAGCCCGGACCAGUGCCCCGGUCAAGAACUCAGCGUGUUCUUGCUCCGUUCAAAGUAAUUAUGAGGGAGUUCCUGAAGAAAGCAAAACAUGUUAUUUCUUCAGAUUCAUUCUUUUACCAAGAUCGGAGUUUUUCUUGGGUUCUUUGGGAUGGUUUCUUGAGAAAAUUGACGACCUUGUAAUCUUAUUGAAUCUGUUUUCGGGAAUGAUCGGUACACAAAUUCAGAGUUAGACUGGUAGGUAGGCAAUUUGCUUCAUUGGACAUAGUUUGUCACGGAGUUCAGGCUGUACUUUUCGUUUCUUUUUCAUUUUUUUCCUUGCGUUGAUUCAUCUUCAACAAAGAACUGACUUACCCGUGUCAGAGCAAUGCAAUGUUCGAAUGAAUUCUCGUUUUCGAAA